AUGACGGAUUACAGACUCUUAGAGCAGUCCGAUAAGGAUGGCGAAGAACAAACAUCGAUCUCACUUCCAAGACCAGUGCGCAGUUGGAUACCAUACACGCUUUCCUUGUUUCUUUUAGGUUCUUUGACUUUGAACUUCUUUCAUUACAUACAAUCUCAAGGACUUCCAACAGCCGAAGAGUCGUCGGAAACGCCUUUUGCACAUUUACAACGCAACAUUCCGAUCAAGUGGACACAUGACAGUCCAUGGUAUAGUGACAAUAGUACGGAAGAAGAAUCUGCUUGGAACGACCCACGAGGCUUCCAGGUUCGUGAAGGAAUUGUCGCUUUACCUGAUACUUUCACACAAUCGGUUGGAUUGCUAUCGGCUCAACGAUGGCCAUGGGAUAAAUCGAAGGGGAUUUACUUCAUUGAAGGGUUGCAUGCUUUGCAUUGUGUGAAAUACAUGCGCAGAACAGUACUCGAAGCUCACAGUGGAAAACCCCUAAGUGUAAGCUUGAGACAUCUUAGACACUGUCUCGAUGGGCUACGACAGUUUGUCAUGUGCCAUGCAGAUGAUACGCCUCGGUACACUGGACGCUUGCAUGAUCAAGCUAAUGAGGAAGAACCGUUUGGCGGGGUAGGUCAGCCCAGAAUGUGUAGGGAUUGGAAUAAGUUGAUGGACUGGGCCACAGAGAACUCGGCCUGUUAUCGCUGGGUCCCUGAUGAUGUGCCAGGAUUUACCGAGAAGGAUAGGUAUAAAAGUUGCCCGGAUGGGAGUGAGCCUUGGGCUUGA